AUGCUGCGGCUGAACCGCUUGACGCUCCCGGGAUUGGUCUUCGCUGCUUUCCACGCCGAUGUCCUCCAUCGCGUUUACGGAGGGAGCCUCCGAGCUCUGCAAUUUGUAGGCCCUUGGCCUCGCAAGUCACACCGGCCUCGAGUCCUGCGUCGGGCCUCGCCCUUCCCUGGAUGCCGUUGCAUCGAGGUUACGGCUGCCGACGGCUCGGCGUGGCAGGUCCUGGCUGGGAAGACAGCCGAAGACAACGACCGCCUCUCCCUGAAGGAGGGCCACUCUGAUGAGCCCUGGAUGCAUGCGGCAGAUGUGCCGGGCUCGCACAUCGUUGUGCGACAGCCAGGAGACGGCGAAAGGCUUCAGGCUCCGAGCGACAUCAUGAAUGUGGCCGCAGGUAUUGCUGCCUUCUAUUCCAAGGCCAAGGGCCGGCGCGUGAAGGUGCACGUAACGAGCUGCGGCCAAGUCAGCAAGGCCAAAGGAUCGCCGGCUGGCAAGGUGUUGCUGAAAGGCAAAGUGGACACUUUGCACGUGACCCCUUUGGACCCUGCCCGCUUGAAGCCGGAGACGGCGAAAUCCAAGACUGCCAAGACCUCCAAGUCCAAGAAAACUCUCCUGAACCCGGAGAAGGAGGCUGCACGCUUGGCGAGCCGCCGAGCGUUUCGGAGGAAAUGCGAUUUGGAGCGCCGAAUCGACAUGAUGGACGAGAAGAUUCGCGGUGUAGAUGACGAGAUGGCCCUCGCGGGCAGCGAUGCCGACUUGGCGCUCGAGCUCCUGGAGAAGCGGCAGGCCCUGGAAGCUGAGCAGAGCGCUCUGUUCCAGAAGUGGGAGGACAGCAGAGAAGAUUCAGUAAUGUUAACGCUGCGCGACCUGGCCGGGACCUGCGCAGAGGUCAUGGCCAGCAUGAUGGAGCUCUACCGCAAUGAGCUGGUCGAUUUGCUGGUCCCCAAGAGUGGCGGCGCCUCCCCGAAGCGGAAAAGCCAAAACCCUGGUUCUGCGGCCUUGGAGCAGAAGCUGAACGUGCGCGUGGACAAGUCCGGCGCGGUUCAGAUCGAGCAUCUGCGGGAGGAGGAGUGCAAGACCGCCGAGGCCCUGUCUGACCUCUUGGAGAGGGGAAACCAGAUGAGGACCGUGUGUGCGACAAAGAUGAACAGCGAGAGUUCGCGCUCGCACCUCAUCCUCAUCAUCCGAGUAGUUGGUGUUAACAAGCAGACCGAGCAGAAGCUGAGUGGAAAGCUUCUUCUUUGCGAUCUGGCCGGGUCGGAGAGACUGAAGAAGUCCGACGUCUCUGGCGACGCGCAGAAGGAAGCCAUCGAGAUCAACAAGUCGUUGACAGCUUUGGGGGAUGUCAUGGAGUCCUUGGUGAAAGGUGCUCCGCAUGUGCCGUACAAAAACCACAAGCUCACCCAGGUGAUGUCAGAUGCCCUUGGUGGUACGUCGAAGACACUGAUGUUCGUGAACUGUUCACCGGCAAGCUCCAACUAUGAGGAGACCGUCAUGACCUUGAAGUUUGCCACUCGAGCAAAGACGAUAACGAACGACGUGAAGCGGAAGAUGGUCGCGAAAGCGAAACCUAUGCCCAAGGCAUAG